UUAUGAUGUAAUUAAAAUUCUAAAUUAUUGCAACUACCAUGAACUCCCCCUGUGUUUUGAUAGAAAAUAAACACAAUUCGACACAUUUGGGGGAAGAGAUCGACAUUUCUCGCAAUCUCUCCCUAAAAUAAGUUUCAGAUAGCUUCAAAAAUAGUUAGGGACGUGAAAGAGCAGGCCACUGAAUAAAUAAUAAAGCCAUAUCUCUGUAAAAUCUCAGCUUUAAUGUACUCGGGAGAAUUCCACCACUUAGCAUUAUAUUCGCGUUUUAAGCCAAUUCAGAGAAAUAAAAAAUAAAACUUUGCCUGCUCUCGAAAAAAUUCAAAUCGGGAAAAUUACAAGUUGGUAUUUUUUUCUCACAAGAAUUAUUAAAAAAGGGUUAAUAUCCACCUUGUCCCUUAAUACGAAUAUAAUGAAGCAUCGCCUCCUAGGGUGAAACGUAUCCGUAGUUUGUGGAGCAUGCGCUCGAAUUUUGCUGUAAAAUGCGCCACCGCUGAAAGCUCGCAGCUUAUUCCUGACGAUUUUACCCCGAAAAUCAAAAUCAAUAUAAGUCUUGAGAUGUGUUUGUCCGUUCAGCUCCCAUAUGUUUAUUGACAUUUAAAUCGAUUGAGUGCGAGUUACACAUUCCUAAAUACGGCGCCAAAUGGAAGAAAAAAAACAUGUGAGAGUGUGUGAAAAAAAUCGGGGUUAGUUGUUAACAUGCACCUGCACUUUGAGAGGACCAUCAAUGCCAAAAGUGAUUGCUCCAUUCUUUCGCUCACAUGGAUGGGUAAAGUGCCCGAUGAACUGCCAGAGAGCAACAGUAAACGAAAAGACCAAUUUUUGAAAAAUCACUGCAAAGUCAAGACAAUCAAGACUUACCUGUUAAUCGAUGCACAACACGCUCACGACGCUCACACGCUGCUACUCUGCUGCUACAAGGUGUCAACCACGGGGUCGGGGAAAGAGGGGUCAAACAGCGGGUGUAUAGCGCGUGCUCCAAGCUUCUUUUCCCAAACAGCCAAUAAGAUUCGUUUGCGCAAGAGCAAUUGUGUUUCAAUUGUUUCUCACUGUUGUUUUUUCGUGAAUAAGGGUCAGAAAAGGAGUUCCAGGGGAUAGACGAAUAACGUUCUCAUGGGGUGAAGUGACGAGCAGGACUUAAAUUAAAUUAACAAAGUUAUGUUGUUCCUCGAAAGAAGUACUGCUGCAAGUAUCCAGGCUGCAACAACUGGUACUAUACAUCAACACUCCAGAGGGCUUUGUGAACAAGCACUUUUUUGUGUUUCCAAAAGACCCUACGCAGCAUCAACAAUGGAGGAACAUUUGCAAGAUAAGUUCCAAAAAUUCAGAUUUUUUUAGAAUUUGUGAGGAUCAUUUUGACGAAUCUGCUUUUGUGAAUGAGAGGAAAGAUCGUCUAAAUUUCAGAGCAGUACACUCGUUCCCACUGAACCAUCUGACAUUCAUUUACUUGAGGAUCUGCCACAUCCAGAUCAACAAAGCAAAAUAUUUGAAGAUCCUUCUUCAUCUGCUUUGUCUGAGGAAAAUGUAAAUGUUGUUGGUUCUUUGUCUGUUGAAUCACCUUCAACGUCAUCUUUUGUAAAUUUGGCUUAUAAUGAAUUAUGCAGUUCCUCUCAUUCGCAAAGUAGUGAAGUAAUAAACAAUUCAGAUUCCACCAUUUCGAACAGCAGCUGUUUAGAGAAUCAUAAUGAAACCUCAUUUAAUGUAAACAAAUUCGCGUUUCUGGAUAAUCAAGGUAGAGACGGUAUUCUAACUAAAAUUGGCUGUUCUUCCAAAGAUUUGACACCGCGAAAAGAGCUGAUGUACAAAGCUCACCGAAAUGUUUUGAUGUUUGAUGUUUGAUGAAAUUUGCAGAUGAUUCCUCUGUUUCUCGGGAAGAAGAAGAUCUACAAAUGGCACAGCAUGAACAAGCAAUAUCUUUUAACCCCUCAGAACUUAGUGAUCUUCCAGAAGAAGACACACAAGCUCUAGCCUAUGUUGCAGGUUGGGUGUUAAAAAGUAUUGAUGUUCCUGAUUGUGAGCAUUGUAGGAGUACGUUGUACUCUGGGGAGAUUACCAAUCGCCACAUUCUUACUUCUUUCCGAGAAAGGGACGACGUCCAACGAUUAACAUAUGCUAGCGAUGCCGUAAUGUCUUUGGUCCAAAACUUGCAUGACUAUUUAAAUGAAUUUUUAACAUCAAGUGGUUUUCAGAGAAAUCUGGAAGACACAUUUAAAAUUUCAUUUAAACAACAUCUUGAUUUUGCAGAAAGUCAUUGCACAGAGCAUCCUUGCUAUGAUUUAAUUUUAGAAAAAGCCAUACCUUUUCUAAUUUUUAAAUUUUGCAGGGACAGGCAAAGACAGAAAACCAUCUCUGACGGACAUCGCACCAAGAUGAAGAGGCUAAGUUAAUUAAUUUUGUUGUGAUAUAGAAUAGUUUUUGUGUUUAUUUUGUUUUAUAUUUAUAGUAUUUUCAGAGUGUUGUUUUAUUUUUAAAGAAUUUAUUAUUUUGUUGUUUUUUCAGAAUAUAUACUUUUUAUUUUCAGGGGUAAAUUUUUAGUUUUAUUUUAUUAAUAAAUUAUUUUAUUUAUUAGCGGCAAACUGAUUUUUAUUUUUGUUAUAUUUUUAAAAAUAUAUUGCAUUAUUUAUUAUAUAAAAUGUUUUUUAUUGUAAUGUGUGUAGAAAUGUCCUUAACAGAAUCAAACAGGAAUAAGAUUUGGUUUUUACAAAUUAGAUAAAUGAAUGAUUUAUCUGAUUUGUAAAGCCGAAUUUCAUCCUGUUUGACUCUAAGUAAAUUUAAACAUCAAUAGAAAUUUUUUAAAAGACGCGCCUGUUUUUUUAUUUAAAUCACCCGCCAUUGCUUUAGUUUGCCACUUUUCUGCUUGGAGCGCUAAAAAUUUGUUUCCAACCUUCGACCAUAUAUCAUAUAGACUGGGCAAGGUGAGAUUUGUUUUGAAGCCAACAUGUGCAGGUGGGGCAAGGGGAAAUAAGGCUUGGUACGCGAAUUUGACUCUUAGGUACCCCUUCUCUGAUUGGUCCAUUCAAAAUAUUUCCAAGUGUUUCGUUAAUAUUCGUCAAACUUCGUGCUUCACGAUUGUGAUUAAAGGGAAAAAUUGUGAAUUUUGGGCUUAAAUUUACUUGUGAAUGGGUAAAAUCUGGUUCUUGCGUCGAAAUAUACAGGAGAAAGUAUUCACAAGGGGUACUCAUCGGUAAUGUCAUCCGUAAGUAAGAAAAUACAGGUGUUAACCUAAAUCUGGAAACACACCAGUGGCGUCGUAACGUAUUCUGAUUUUUCGCUUUGAUACUGAAUAUUUUUGAAUAUUACAACUCUGACGACAUGUCAUAAGAUAGAAUUAGAAGUAUUUUAACUAAGGCAUUUUUUUUGAAACUCGAAAACUUACAUUAUUUCUGAAACUUGUAAUGUUUUUUCAAUUGUUUGCCCCUUGACUACGAGCUGCCAUUGAACAAGGAGUAAGCUUCCUCUUGCCCCUCACUCCUCGCACCCAUACAUGUUGGCUUCAAACAACCUGCCUACAAACUCGCUUUACGGCGAGUCUAUAUGAUAUAUGGUCGAAGUUUCCAACCAAUAACUAGGGACUUUGCAUUUCUUACCUUCCCUAUUCUCUGGCUGUCACUGUCAUUGUCACCUUUGACAGUCUUUUUUUCUCUAUUAGAAAGUUUCAAAAUUUUGGCUGUUUUUGGCACUAGAUUGGGCCCUUUUUGCCAAUGGCAACCAACGACGAGACAG